AUGAAAGCAGUUCAACUUUUGAUGCUCGCCCAUUUCACACUGGCAACACUUGACUGUAAGCCAGAAGGCCCUGUGGUCCCGCGACCUUCGGACCUGGCCAACUCCGAUGCCUUCAAAAAAGGCGUAUCAUCCAUUGAAAAAGUUCUUCAGAAAGCCCUUGCGGGAGAAAUCACCGCAGGCUGGGCCACGGAUAAUACAUCCUUCUCCCUUGCCGUCGUCUCCGUCGACCAAUCCUCGCCGGAAACCCCGCUGUGGGAAUACCACCACCUGGCAAAGAAGAACGUCAACGGAACCAAAGAACUGACACGAGACUCUCAGUAUCUCAUCGGAUCGGUUUCUAAAGUCUUUUCAGAUCUAAUCCUGUUGAAAAGCGGGCUCAACCUCGAUGAUCCUGUCACGAAAUACAUUUCACAGCUGAACGAUCCUUCAUCCUUGAUCUCCUGGGGAAACGUUUCCUUACGUGCUCUAGGUUCUCAGCUGUCAGGGACCCCUGCGAACUUCGGCUUUUCAGAAUACCACUUUCUCAAGCAUUACCUUGAGACAUUCGGACUACCGUCGUUGGACGAUGACGCUUUCGCUUCAUGCGGAGUGACGGGUCUCAACAAAGCUUGUACUCGAGAUGAACUCCUCAAGGGCAUGCUAAAAACACAACCAAUAACCGCACCGAUGGAACGGCCAGCGUAUUCCAACUUGGCCUUCACCUUGCUCAUCUUCGCCGUCGAGCAAGUAACAGGGAAGGACUACACCAAGCUCGUCCUCGAACUCAUAACUGAGCCUCUUGGAUUACGCAAUACAUCACCAAGCCCAGGGGAUACACAAAAAGCAGUGAUCCCCCCAGUGGAUAACAGCUGGGGCAGCGACUAUGGGCUCAACGCGCCCGGUGGCGGUCUCGUCUCGUCACUCUCUGAUCUCUCAGCGUUGGCACACGGCAUCCUGUCUCGCACUAUACUCUCACCGACAGAAACGCGCGAGUGGCUUAAACCGCAUUCCUUCGUGGGAUCACCGUACUCUUUUGCCGGUUUCCCAUGGGAAAUCUACCGCCCGCCUGCUCUCGUCCCGGAGCACCCCCAUCAAGUGACGAUAUACGCCAAGUCCGGUGGUGCCUACGGAUACCGCAGCCAGUUCGCCAUCCUCGACGAAUACGGUAUCGCAGUGAUCCUUUUAUCAGCUGGCGAUAUGGCUGCCGUCCCGUACAUCUACGACGCACUGUUGUCGACGUUUGUCCCGGCCGUCGAUGCCAUCGCGCGGGAGCAAGCAGACAGUCUCACCGGUACCUUUACAAGUGGAACAAAGACCGAUGGAAAGGGAGCGUGCGUGGACGCAACAAUCGUCCAAGAUGCAGACUCCCUUCUAUUGUCUGGAUUAUCCCGCAACGGUUCCGACAUUCUCUCCGCAAUCACCAAAAUCUGGACCCUGACCGUCGGCAAGCACCUCACCCCCAUCAAUUCCACCUUCAGGCUCUUCCCCACUGAAGACGCAAGGAAAGAUACGUUGGACGGAAAGACCAUCCUGCGCGAGUCGUGGCGUCUGUGGUUCAGCCCCGUGUACGGCGAUGCGUCCGACUUGCCGGGCAAAGGGCUCGGGUCACAUGAUUGCACGUCUUGGACAUUGAACGACUGGAUAUACUACGGUUCGGAACCAAUUGACCGGUUCGUUUUCGUCAGGGAUGCAGAGAAUGGCGAGGUUCUGGGGCUGGAGGUACCUUUCCUCCGUUCUGGGCUUUUGGGCAGGGUCGGACCACGCCGUUCCGACGAGAGUGUCGGCUGUUGA